AUGGUUGCCAACGGGUCUAAUGGGUCCAACGGGUCCUUUUCCCAAUACCAUGCCGCCACAACUAAUGAGGCCAUCCAAGCUGAGAAGGAUUAUGCUGCUCACAACUAUCACCCACUACCCGUCGUCUUUGCCCGUGCUCAGGGUACUUCGGUCUGGGACCCCGAGGGACGUCACUAUCUCGACUUCCUCUCUGCCUACUCUGCCGUGAAUCAAGGCCACUGCCACCCUAAAUUGAUUGCCGCCCUGGUUGAUCAGGCUUCGCGAGUCACUCUGAGCUCGCGCGCAUUCUACAAUGACGUCUUCCCUCGCUUCGCCCAAUUUGUUACCAGCUACUUUGGCUUUGACAUGGUACUGCCCAUGAAUACGGGUGCCGAGGCUGUGGAGACAGGAAUCAAGAUCGCUCGGAAGUGGGGUUACAAGGUCAAGGGAAUCCCAGAGAACCAGGCAAUCGUUCUGAGUGCGGAAAAUAACUUCCACGGACGGACAUUCGCCGCCAUCUCACUAUCCUCCGACCCAGAGUCGCGCGAACACUACGGCCCUUACCUUCCUGGUAUCGGUUGCAACAUUCCCGGCACCGAGAAGCCUAUCACGUACAAUGACAAGGCUGCUCUCCGUGAGGCCUUUGAGGCGGCUGGGCCUAACUUGGCGGCCUUCCUUGUCGAGCCCAUCCAGGGUGAAGCUGGUAUUGUCGUCCCUGAUGAGAGCUACCUGCAGGAGGCCCGCGCCUUGUGCGACAAACACAACGUCCUCUUAAUCUGUGACGAGAUCCAGACCGGUAUUGCCCGCACUGGAAAGCUCCUUUGCCACGAGUGGAGCGGAAUUAAACCCGACCUGGUCCUGCUGGGUAAGGCCAUCUCUGGUGGCAUGUACCCUGUAUCCUGCGUGCUGGGAAGCAAGGACGUCAUGCUCACUAUUGAGCCCGGUACCCACGGUUCAACUUACGGCGGUAACCCAUUAGGCUGUGCCGUCGCCAUCCGCGCCCUAGAGGUUGUCCGUGAGGAACACAUGGUGGAGCGGGCUGAGAAGCUCGGCCAUAUCUUCCGCCAGGGUCUGGAGGACCUCAAGAGUCCCCUUAUUCAGACUGUCCGUGGAAAGGGUCUUCUCAAUGCGAUCGUCAUUGAUGAGUCCAAGACUAACGGCCAUUCUGCCUGGGAUCUUUGCAUGUUAAUGAAGGAGAAGGGCUUGCUGGCCAAGCCAACUCACCAGAACAUUAUUCGUCUCGCCCCGCCACUGGUCAUCACUGAGGAGGAGAUUCAGCAGGCUCUGGAGAUUAUCAACCAAGCUGUGAUUGAGCUCCCAAACCUUAAGGGAGCUGCAGAGGACCACGUGAUUCCUUCCCCAGAAAAGAAGGUCAAGAUUGGUAUUGAGAACUAG